AUGUCCUCUCUCGCUGCUCCGGACAACAACUUUUCUCCCAGGGCUUCUUCUGGGAAGACCCCUCCUCCGGCCCCUUCUGCUGCGUACGCUAAACGAGCCUGCAGAGCGAGGGAACUUCAGGCUGAGGGGGCAGUGGGCGGUGCUUCAGCGAGAUACAGACCUCCUGCGCUGCGCGCCCUAGCUUCUGGCGGUUCCCCUCCUAAUGACGCUGGCUCCCCUGGCUCAGCGUCGGUGGACAACUCCACCCUGCCUCCAACUAAUUAUCCGGCCGGUUUUAGGAGGGCAAGGGCGGGAACCUUACCUUCCAACGUGUCGCUUGCCGCUCAACGCUUUGCUGCCGCUUCCAACUCGUUGGGCAGCAAUGCUCCCUCGACGGAGUCGUUCAUGGAGCAGCGCAACGAAUCCGCGGGUAACGGCACGCCGGUGAGACCUAAUUUACGACAUGCUGCCUCUGUUGCCUCCUCGGUCCCUGCCUCCACGCUCGCUACAGAGCGCAACAGUCGUCUCAGGUCGGGCUCCCUCACGCUGCCGUCCAGUGGCCUUUCCAAUGCCUUCGGCUCGUCCAUCUUUGGAUCGUCCUGGCUGCCCAACAACAGCGGCGGUGGCAGUGGCUUUCCCGUGCUUGAUGAGUUGCGCUCUGUCGGCUCGGUGGAUUCAGGAGCCGAUGACUUUGACGUGCAUACCUUGGAUUAUCUUGGAUUAGAUGAAGGUCGGCCUCCGGCAGCCACCAUGUCGGAAUUGCGCACCCAAGCCCAGGCUGCUAUCACCGGUAACCUCGGUCCCUCUCGCGUCCGUGCAAGUACCGUGUCGAACCCCUAUCGCUUGAGGGGUACCCUUGGAACUUCACUGCUCUCGACACCCAACGCAGAGGAAGAAGAGGAGCUGUUGGAUGAGUACGACAACUAUGGCCGCGCUCGCGUUGAUUCCUACAGAGAUACCAUGGGGGAGAGCGAUUACUUCCCGUCCGACAUGGUUGCAAGAGGCUUCAGGCAGUCUGAUCAUUUGUUGAACCAGUCUGCCAGGCCACGGGCCAUCUCUGUUGGGACGCUGGAUGACCCCGUUCGGAGCCUCCAGCGGCGUGCCACCAUCGCCGAUGCGCAGCAGUCUCCGUAUGCGAACGAGGCUCUCAACCAGAAUGCCAAUCUUGGUUACGGUCUCCCCGGGGGUAUCCUCAAGUCUGACAAGGCGACGACCCCCCGUUCUGGUGUCUCUCCGACCGUGCACUUCCCGAAUGGAGACGUUGUCGGAAGCCGUGCGUCGCCUUACCUUCUUGCUCCCAACAAUCAAGGACGCGCGGUGUCGCCCAAGUCAGAGAACUCGUCUACUCAGAUCCAGACGCCGACGCGCUCGUUGUGGAUCGGGAACCUGGACAGCUCUGUCACUGCAGAGCAACUGAUCCAUGUAUUCGCUCCAUACGGUGCCAUUGAGAGUCUGAGGUUGCUCCCGGAAAAGGAAUGUGGCUUUGUCAAUUUCGUUGACAUGGGUGAUGCGAUUCGCGCGAAAGAAGACGUACUCAACCGCUUGGGUGGCAAUAUCGGGAUGCCCAACGGACAGACUGUACGCAUAGGAUUUGGAAAAGCCGACAGCGCCCCUGUCGCCCCCGCGAAGGGCACGAACGUCAGCAGCACCGCAACUACCCCUACUGGUACAACCGCAUCCAAGAGCACCUCUAACAAUGCUGGGUUGGCAGGCAUGGAUGCCCAGUUGCAGUCGACGCCCACUAGGGCGCUCUGGAUUGGCUCAAUCCCCUCCACUACGACCCCUGCUACCAUUCUCAGUGUCUUCAGUCCUUUCGGGCCUAUCGAAUCGGCCAGAGUAUUGACCCAUAAAAAUUGCGGCUUCAUCAAUUUCGAGCGCCUUGAUGAUGCAGUUAGGGCGAGGAAAGCUCUCAAUGGCCGUGAUGUGCUUGGCAGCGACGUCGGUGCCAUCCGCAUCGGCUUCGCCAAGGUACCUGUUAAGAACGGUCAAGAAGGCACUGCUGGCCAGGACGAUGCUGCAGGAUUGAAUGUACAGGGUGUUGGUGACAUGAGCGUUGGUGCUACGAUCCACGCUUUGCGCGGGGUGAAGGGCGCUUCGACCAUCCCUACGGACCAGCAAGUACUUAGCGGAUCACUGGAGAACUAUCGAUCCAACCUACUCCUGAGUCUGAUCAGCUCGGGAGCGCACAAUGCUGCAUACGUCAAUGAUGGCACGCCGAAGCCUGCUGGUUGGUCGCCCUCAGUGACGGAGCAGCAGAUGGUUAUGAGGGAGCUGAGCGGCGGUGCGGCCGACGCUGAAGCUGACAUUCAGGCUCUUGCGGAAUUCCGGCCUCCCACAAUGUAUUACACUACCAUCCCUCUCGUUUCCGAAAGGCCCCAGCAUCGCCGCUGGGACGCUUCCAAGCUUAGGGAGCUGCGCAAGAGGAUGGAUUCCAACACCAUCAGUGUUGAAGAGAUUGAUCAGGUGGCUGCGGAUUUCCUGGACGGUGAAAUAGUGGAUCUUGCGUCCGACUGGCUGGGAAACACAGUUGUGCAAAAAUUAUUCGAGAAGUGCUCUGCUGGUCCUAGGAUGGCUAUGCUGGAGAGGAUCGCCCCUCACCUCGCAAUGAUCGGCAUCCACAAAAAUGGUACAUGGGCGGCCCAGAAAAUCAUUGAAUGCGUGCAGACUCCGGAGGAGGUCAAUCUUAUCUGUCAAAACCUGAGACCCUACGGUCCGCCGCUGUUGCUCGAUCAGUUUGGGAACUAUGUGGUUCAGUGUUGCCUCCGGUUUGGCCCUCCGGCCAACGAGUUCAUAUUCGAUGGAAUGGUGGACCGUUUGUGGGAGGUUGCUCAAGGUCGCUUCGGAGCUCGCAGUAUGAGGGCUUGCCUCGAAAGCUCUCAUAUUUCGCUUAGCCAGCAACGUCGUGUUGCCACUGCCAUCGUGCUGAACUCCAUCCCGCUGGCGACAAAUCCUAAUGGAGCGUUGCUCCUCACGUGGCUGCUUGACACGUCCGGCUUCCCCUCGCGUUACAACCUUCUGGCACCUCGGUUCACGCCGCAUCUGUCUCACCUUUGCACUCACAAGUUGGCGUCCCUUACCGUUUUGCGUAUCAUCAACCAGAAGGUGGAACCGAAUGCUUCGCGCCAGAUCGUCGAUGCCCUGUUCUGUUCUCCCAACGACCACGUUCUGACGGAUGUGUUGGGUGAUCAGGUAAACGGUGUUGCUGUCGUUCAUAAAGUCCUGACCAGUCCGUUCAUCGACCAAUCCGAGAGGCCGAAGUAUAUCGAGGCGACUAAGCGAGUCCUGCUCGAGUUGAAGGUUAUUGCGACGCAGGCAUACCGCAGGCUGAUUGAGGAAGUUGGACUGCCCAUCCCUAACUUCCAGCCCACCUACAACAACAACAUGCCUCCAUCGAACAAGAAGAUCACCCCUCAGAACAACUUUGCUAUGCCAGGUCUCCCUUCGGGCUACCCAUCCACUGAUCAGGGUCUGGCGUCCAUGAUGGCUGCUCUGCAGAUGGGAGGACAGAACCCUCAGUCGGGUCCUCCGCAGCUGCAGAUCGACCCCUCCUACCAGAACUCGAGUCGUGGUCGUCAAUCUCAGCCCAACUCCGCGUUCUCGCCUUCAUCUGAUCCAUUCAAUCCCUUCGCCUUGCGCUCCCCCGAUGUUAGCAGCCCGCGAAAUGGAACUCGUCGGAAUGGUGGUAUGCCGUCUAUGUCGCCGAGCCCCGUGUCUUCUGUGCCUUUCGGUGCUCAGUCGCCCAGUCUCGCGCAGGCCGGAAACAUGCUAGGGAUGGCGCAGCCCGCCUACAAUGGGAUGCCCCCUCAAUCUAUGUCUCCUCAACUCUACCAGUCUUACAUGUAUCAAGUGUAUCAACAGAACCCCGCGAACAUGGGAACCUACCACGCGUAA